GCAGUGAAUGCAUUGGAUUGAGUGAAGCGAUUGGUAUUUGCAGUAAAGUGUAGUUUCAGGCAGUCUUUGGCCGCAAAAUGUUGUCACUCUAUUCAAAGGCGUGUAAAUCACUGGUCAUUGCGACCAAACCUUUCGUGUCGGUCACCGCUCAGACACCGCACAAACUCAUUCCCAUCGUCUCCACAACCAAUCAGAAACGAUGGGCGUCUUCGCAGCCGCAGACGGCGAGUACAGUGAAACCCGGACGCAUUGUGGCCGUCAUCGGAGCCGUAGUGGACGUGCAGUUUGACGAAGAGUUGCCGCCGAUUCUCAACGCUCUGGAAGUGGUCGGCCGUAAGCCUCGGCUUGUCUUAGAAGUGGCCCAACAUUUGGGUGAGAAAACGGUGCGAACGAUAGCUAUGGACGGAACGGAAGGUCUGGUUCGCGGCAAUGAAGUGCGAGACACCAACUCUGCAAUUACUAUACCCGUCGGUCCCGAGACUUUGGGCCGUAUUAUGAAUGUUAUCGGAGAACCAAUCGAUGAGAGGGGUCCGAUUGACUCCAAGAAAUUCGCUGCCAUUCACGCGGAAGCGCCCGCAUUCGUGGACAUGAGUGUCGAGGCGGAGAUUCUGGUGACGGGAAUCAAAGUCGUGGAUCUGUUGGCCCCGUAUUCAAAGGGUGGAAAGAUCGGUCUCUUCGGUGGCGCCGGUGUCGGCAAAACUGUGUUAAUUAUGGAACUCAUUAAUAACGUCGCGAGAGCUCACGGAGGGUACUCUGUCUUCGCCGGUGUCGGUGAACGAACUCGAGAGGGAAAUGAUUUAUACCACGAGAUGAUAGCGGGUGGUGUCAUCAGUCUUAAAGAUAAAUCAUCGAAGGUGGCGUUAGUCUACGGCCAGAUGAACGAACCGCCCGGUGCCAGAGCGCGAGUGGCGCUCACAGGUCUCACAGUCGCCGAGUAUUUCCGCGAUCAAGAGGGUCAGGACGUACUGCUGUUCAUCGACAACAUCUUCAGGUUCACUCAGGCCGGCUCCGAAGUGUCCGCCCUUUUGGGUCGUAUCCCAUCGGCCGUCGGUUAUCAGCCAACGCUGGCCACAGACAUGGGUACUAUGCAGGAGAGAAUUACGACCACCAAAAAGGGUUCGAUCACAUCCGUGCAGGCGAUCUACGUGCCCGCCGACGACUUGACAGAUCCGGCGCCGGCCACCACUUUCGCCCAUUUGGACGCCACCACUGUAUUGUCGAGAGGUAUCGCCGAAUUGGGUAUCUACCCGGCCGUCGAUCCCCUGGACUCGACCUCUCGUAUUAUGGACCCCAACGUUGUCGGUCACGAGCACUACAACGUCGCCCGAGGCGUACAGAAGAUCCUUCAGGACUACAAGUCUCUUCAGGACAUUAUCGCCAUCUUAGGAAUGGACGAGUUGUCCGAAGACGACAAGUUGACGGUCUCGCGGGCGCGUAAGAUCCAGAAGUUCCUGUCGCAGCCCUUCCAAGUGGCCGAAGUGUUCACUGGACAACAGGGAAAGUUCGUGACACUCGAACAGACCAUCAAAGGGUUCAAAGCUAUACUAAACGGAGAGUACGACCACUUGCCCGAAGUGGCCUUCUAUAUGGUCGGUCACAUCGAAGAAGUGGUCGAAAAGUCCGAAAAACUCGCGAAAGACUUAUAAAUUAUAGCUUUUUAUUAAUUAAGUGACACUUUCCUCCGAUUUUAGCUCUUUUUUCAAUUGUUUUCUUCGACCGAAUAAUUAUUGGAAAAAAUUUAAUUAAAAAUUAGAUUUUGUUUUAAAAGAUCUUAUAUUAAAUGUUAAUUUAAUUGCAAUCAAAUUCAUUAGAAGUGGUCAUAGAAUGUAAUAAUUAUUAUAAAUUUUCAAUCGAUUAAACGCUCGGUUAAACACUUUUAAA